AUCCGUGUCUCACUAGCAUACCUGACGUCUGUGAAACCGGACUUCCUCGGACCUAGCAGUAGCCUUUAAUUCGGCACUCAGGCCGGUGUUAGCGUGAGGUGAGGAGGCUGUUUUCUUACAUGAGGAGCGGGUUAUAGGAGCUCAGCAGCCGGACAGGAGAGAUGAUGGAAGGGCUGCUUAUGGUCUUUCUCGGGGGGCUGCUGGAGGUCUGCAGCGGCGUCUCGGCUAACAGAGGGGGAUAUCCCUCCUUCACAGACGAAAUACCUUUCAAAAUCACCUGGCCAGGCCCUGAAUUCACGCUGCCAACGUCAGGUGCACUUUACAAAGAAGAUGACUUUGUCAUCAUGACAACAACAGAGAAGGAAAAGUAUAAAUGUCUCCUGCCUUCCCUGACGACUGGAGACGAGGACGAUGAUAAGGAGUACAGUGGGCCCAGUCCAGCUGAACUGCUGGAGCCACUAUUCAAACUAAGCAGCUGCUCCUACAGGAUUGAGUCGUACUGGACAUAUGAAGUAUGCCAUGGAAAGCAUAUAAGACAGUAUCAUGAAGAGAAAGAGACUGGACAGAAGAUAAGUGUUCAGGAGUACUUCCUGGGGAAUACGGCACAAAAGAGCCAGUCAACAGAGACAGAUAAAGUUGAAGAGGCAGAAAAUGUCAAAUCAGCAGCUGACAUAGAAGUGCCCACUAAGAAUAUAGAAGGACAGCUGACUCCCUACUUCUCGUUGGAGAUGGGCAAUGGGACUCCAUGUGUGCUGAAACAGAACCAGGCCCGCUCCACGUCUGUGCUGUACGUCUGUCAUCCAGAGGCCAAGCAUGAGAUCCUGUCCGUCGCCGAGGUCACAACCUGUGAAUACGAGGUGGUGGUGUUGACUCCGCUGCUUUGUUCACACCCGAAGUACAGGUUCAAGUCCUCCCCUGUGAACGCCAUCUUCUGCCAGGCACUGGCAGGCUCCCCUCUGCGGCCUGAGCGGCUCGCCCAGUUGGACAAGGAGCAAGAGGAGCAGCUCAAACCUCCUUUCAGCGCCCCUGCCGAGAUCAGAGAGGAGGAGGUGACACCAGUGAGAGAGGAGGCCUUCACCUCCACUCACAAACCCAUAACUGUUGGAGGGCAGACUCAGGUCACUGUCGGCACCACGCACAUCUCUCGGCUGACUGAUGACCAGCUGAUCAAGGAGUUCCUCAGCGGCUCGUACUGUCUGCACGGGGGCGUAGGGUGGUGGAAAUAUGAAUUCUGUUAUGGAAAGCACGUUCAUCAGUACCAUGAGGAAAAAGAGCAGGGAAAGAACAUUGUGGUGGUCGGGAGCUGGAACGCCAAAGAGCACAUUGACUGGGCCAAGAAGAACGUCGCCCGAUCCUACCAGCUCAAAGAUGACGGAGUGCAGAAAGUCAAGUUGGUUUCCCACUUUUACGGCCAUGGGGAUGUGUGUGAUCUGACAGGGAAGCCCAGACAGGUCAUUGUCAAGCUCAAAUGUAAGGAGUCUGAGUCCCCCCAUGCCGUCACUGUCUACAUGCUAGAGCCUCAGACUUGUCAGUACAUCCUUGGGGUUGAGUCUCCGGUCAUAUGCAGGAUUCUUGACACCGCUGAUGAGCACGGACUUCUGUCGAUCUCCAGCUAAACUGACAAAGAUCGAAGGACAGCAACGGCGCAUGAAGGACUAUGAGAGGACGGACAGAGAGAGGCUGCACUUGAAGAUGGAGGACAUUUAUCAGAAAACAGGAGCCUGUUUGGUGGAGGAAGAGAGAUGCCCAUGACACUGCGCUAAAAGCCAAAACCGAGGUUAAACUGAGGUUAAACUUGAUCCUGAGGCUGCACUUCAUGUAGCCAUGAGCACGGCCCGGCCCCGGCCCCUGCCCUGACCUGACCUGUGCAGUGAGCAAUGUCACAGCCUAAACCAGCAGGCUAGCUCAGACUUUAUGAAAACACAGUGCAAAGGGGCCGACGCCUCACUCCACAAGGCGGUGGAUCCAUUGCGUGUUCGUCAUAUCUAUGCUUCACUUUAUGUUGAUAAACUGCAAGCAAAGAAGUCAUGAAUCAGGGGAUUUGUAAUUAUCAGGGGAAUCAACAAUAUUCAUGGUGGUUUUAUUGUCUUUAAGGUGAGUGUGUGUGAGUGAGUGAGUGUGUGUGUGUGUGUGUCAGACAGAGAGCAAGCGAUAUGAAAUGAUUACCUGCUGGACUGUAGCACC